GUGGAGCUAAAACGUCUUUUCCGUUACUUGUUUGGAUGUUUCUCUGACAAAGACUGUCGACAGCGACAUUUGUGCACCAACAACACAAACUCACGUUGUCGAAAAUAAUGUUCCGGUUAGUUUUGCUUGCAAGCUAACAGUUAGCUAGCUUAGCAGAUGUUGGGAGCGUGGCUGUUUGACUUCAACAGGUGUUACCUGUUAGCCACAAGUAAGCAAAGUCUGUCUGUCGUGGUUUCUCUUCGGUAACUAUCCCGAAGAAAGAUGUAGGUAAUUAUUCUCUGUUUUUGCUGUCAGGCUGUUAGCUGUAAUUGUUAGCGCCAGUUGUAGCUAAAGUUUGUCACACUUGUGUGUCAUGCUCCUCGGUCGCCUCCUGUUCAGACCCUUCAGAUCGACGUGCUCAAGUAUCGUUUGUUUGCAGAAGAUUUUUGCUGUCAUUAAACUACCAUUUAGCAGAUCUACCAGUCAGUGUCUGAACGUCAGUGCGCUGAAACCAUCUGCACAUCGGCUCCCAUUGAAGGCACAGUCCUGUCUGUACCAGCUAUCAGUGUGUAAUAUGCAGCCUGCCUGUAUCUCCUAUGGCAAAGAAACUGCUGCCAUUGCCUCAGAUGAUGAUGAUGAGGAGGAGGAGGGUGGAGGUGAAGGUGUGGUUGGACAGGAGAGCGGAAAAAAAGAUGAGUUUGAGAUGAAGAUGCUGAGUUCAGGUCAGAUGGAUGCAGUUACUAUGGAGGUCCAGCAAGACACUGAAGCCUCCACAGUGUUGGCAGGAUCAAGUGAGAAGAAGAUGAAGAGGAAGAUGAGGAGGGAGAAGAUGAAAUUACUGAAGAAACAAAUUAAGUCUGCAGAUCCUUCUGAGAAUUUAAUGUCAGAGCUUCCGUUUUCUCUCACCAGCCCCACCACAUGGAAAGAGCUUGGAUUCUGCAGCUCAGAGUCAACUCAGAAGAAGAGAAAGAGGAAGAGAGGAGACAGUGGAGGGAAAGUGGACAGUGAGGAAGAUUCAGAGAAGAAGACGAAGAAAAAGAAAGAGAGCAAGCGACCCAACUACUUUGUCUCCAUCCCUAUCACCAACACACAGAUCAGUUCAGCUGUGACCAAGGUCCAAGAGGCGGUGCUUCAGCAGGAGCCCCUGCUGGCCAAAGCCAUGAUCCCUGUCCCAACUCUGCACAUCACGCUGUUAGUCACUCAUCUCGCCAGUCAGGAGCAAGUAGACCUGGCGGCGACCGUGCUGGCUAAGGUCGAGCUGUCAUUGGCUGAGCUGCUCGGUGGGCGGGACCUGGUGCUGCCCUUCUCAGGGAUCAGUCAUUUCAGGAAGGAGGUGGUGUUUGUUGGGCUGACCCCCGGACAACACAGACACACACUGGACAGUCUGGCAGAGUUGUUGCGGAGUCGUUUUGAGGAGCAGGGUCUUCUGCAAGAAGGCAACAGAGGGUUUGAACCCCACCUCACCAUUAUGAAGCUGUCCAGAGCAUCAAAACUACGAUCUCAGGGUAUAAAACGUGUGGAUCCAGGCCUCUUCUCCAACUACACGAACAAGUUUUUUGGAGACCAGACAGUUGAGCGGGUGGAUCUUUGUUCCAUGUUGAAAAAGAAGCAACAAGACGGAUAUUACCACACUGAGACUUCACUACAGCUCGGUGGGCGUCGUCGGUCUGAGCCUGAUGAGGCGGAGCUUCUGAGGGUCAGCAGGCGAUUGGUGGAGGAUGCCGUCAAUCGCGCCUUGCAACAGUACAAACAAGAAACACUUCAAAACGGGGGCGGGCCUAACGCCACGGCGCUGCAGCCCCCCGGAAACACUGAGGAGACUGCGACAAAGACGGACACUACAGCUAACUCCACCACGGACACCAGGAAGUGACAUCAUCGGACUGAGGUACAGAGACUGAAACAAACAGCCGCCCAGAAAACAUCAGCCAGGCCUGGCGAACCAGGAGAAGAGUCAGUAAGCCCUGGGCACAAAGCCUGAACCAGCCAACCAGUCAGCCCAGUUCGCUGACGAGCUAACCCAGCAAGCCAACCACACCAGCUAGCCAGUCAUGCUAGCUCCCUGCCCAACCGACCUAGCUUGACACAGUGCUAGUUAAAUAAAUGAUGUAGCUUGAGUUUAGUGCCACGUGACCGUCCCGACAGGCCAGCUCUAGCAUGUCAUCCUUUGAUUCUCACUCAGCUGUCGGUGAAACCCAAAAACAUGUGAAGCACGCCUCUAGAGACACACAUGUAGGGUUCACUUUGCCUCUCACAAACUGCCCUUUAGGAAUAAGAUAAAUCACAUUUUGUAGAGUUUGGUUUACCAUCACCUGCACGUAAACUGGGACUCCAUAUGCUCGAUUUCCUUGUGAAAAAAAUUAACUCUCUUUACUUCAACAUUUGAAGUGAAAAGAAUAUUUUUUUUUAGCUCACAUUUCUCUUAAAAAAUCAGUGCGGUCUUCACUGAAAAAAUAUUACUCAUCUGCUCAUCUUUGUGGCUGAAGAAGGUGUUUGAAAAGAGCUGGUUUGACUGUGUUGUGACUGGAUUCGUGAGGUGUUGGACUUCUCUGCAAGUUUUUGUUGUAGGCCUAUUUUGCAACACGUCUGGGUUCAAAGCACUUUGAAUUCAAAUUCAGGAAACUUCAGACUUCCAGCAUUUAAAUUUACUUUUUACAUAAGAUGCUUGUCUGCAUACCACACUGCAUUUUUGUCCUUAAGUUGUUUAUGGAAAGUGAUCUGACCCCAGCUGUGCUUUAAGUAUUACAUAUUACUGUUGUGUUAACCAUGUGUGUCCUGCCAAGGCAGCACUAAGACAAUCGUCAAUUUAAGAUAUAUUAUAGGCUCUAAAUUUACAUUUUCAAACAAGCGAUACCAGCGUUAUGGCUCCUCCGUUGGGUCCAAAAACACUGUGGAAGCCUACAGACUGUAUCAGCAUGCAGACUGUAUCACAUUGAUUUAUUUCCACUAAUAGCACUAACUUCAUAGAGGAUGAAUUGGAGAUACUUAAUUGCAUAUGCUAAAGAUGUAAUAACACUCCAGUAAUACACUACAAGUUGCCAAGAAAGCGUUUUUACUCCUUUAAUGCCAAAACCUCCAUUAAUGACGUUGGUGCUUGUCUCAAUGAAACUUCUAUUAAACUCCUAUUUUUAUGUGAAAGGCCAUAAUUACAAUUACACGCAGGCAUUCAUUUCAUAACUCAGCUUCCUGCCUAAUUAUAUGUAACUGUUAUUAAUUUUUUGCUUGCAUACUGUAUUUUUUUGUGAAAUGAAUUUGAAGCAGCAGCAACAUGCACAGAUGAUUUUGUGUUAAAUCCGUUCAUGAAUUGUUUGAUGUUAGAAGGUAACUUCAGUAUUUUUCAACCUGGACUAUAUUUCUCAUGUUUUUGUGUCCAAGUGACUAAUGCGAGCAACAAUUGUUUAAACUGUUCCAGUAUUAAGUGAUACAGCUGCAUGCAUCUGCAGCAAAACGGUAACCACUAAUGGCAUUACAGAACUGUCAGUUUACGUCCACUUGAAGUUUUUGUUUUUGCCACUUACAGGCUCAGAUUGUUAUUUUAAGUGUUUGGAAAGGAUCUGUACAGAGAUAGACCUUUUUGUUAAAGAGCAAGAUCCUUUUAACCCCAGAGAGCCCUGAAAUUGCUCCCACCAAUUCCACCCAAUUCCUUUUAAAUAAAUAGUAAUUUUAGUAUGUAUAGAGCCAUCAUAUUUCCUUAUGUAACGGGUGAAUUGAGGGUUUAUUUCAACCAAACCAGAGGUGGUAAUUGUUGCAACAUUGAAAAUACCUUUGUUUUUCUGUCAACUUUGAAUGAAAUGCAAUUUUUUACAUGGCGUCUGCUGAGUUCGGCGAUAGCGAUUUCAGGGAUGUUUCUGGUUAAACAAAAAAGAUCUUACUCUUUAACAAAAUGGUCUAUCUUUGUAGACAUUUCUAUAAUGUUGUCAGAAACUUAAAAUAAAAAUCUCAGCCUGUCAUUGGCAAAACAAGCACUUUAGUGAAUGUGAAUUGAUGGAGCGCAAAUGCCCAAAGUGUUUACAUUGAAGCCUGUUUAAUGGGUAGCAGCUGCAGCGCUUUCACUCAAUACUGGGCUUAUUUCAAAAAUUGUCGUUCCCAUUUUCACUUAGACACAAAAGCAUGUGUACAGGUCAAAGAAUAUCAGAGUUCUCCUGUAAAGCCUGUAACACAGACCGAGGCCUGGCUGUUUGAGGCUCAGUGUUUAUUUGGAGUAUUUCUGUUGAUGUGAGGAGCUUUUAUUCUGAAGUACUGUACAGCCUGUGAAGUUCUUCAGAGGGUGAUGCUGAUGUUGAGGAGAUUAACUCAGACAAUCGCUGCUGUCAGAUGAAAACCCCACAGCUCUUGAUUUCAGUGUCUUCCAUCCAUUUGAUUUUUGCUAAACUUGAAAAUUAAAUAAUCGUGCUUUUUUGUGUUCUGCAUUUGACCCCACAGCUCAUGAAGUCUAUACAGAAACACACUGUGUGAAAUUAAGGGGAUUUUUUUUCACUUUGUGGAGAUGAGGUUUUUGACUGACAGCAUGAUGAUGAUGAUACCGUUUGGAUGAAGGUGAUUGGUUAACUCUCUGACAUUAUAUGUUAUUUUAUCCUUUUUAUUGUUUAUAUUGCUUUGCUGUCCCUGUUAGAGAAAAGAAUUUCAUGUGAAAACAUGUUUUGUUUUGAAAUGAGAAAAUUCAACGGUAAAAAAAGCACAAAAUGAAGAAUUUGAUUUCUUAAUUGUCUUUGAUUUCACUUUGUAAAGAGCAGGUAAAUAUAAAAAAUGCUGUUAAAUCAAACCACCUCUGUUCAAAGUGGCCUUAAGUCACUAAAACAAAUACACUUUUUCAUGUAAGUGCUUAAGGUGACAAUGCAUAGGAAACGCCCGGGCCACACGGCCACCUCGCUGAGCUGUCGCCGCUCGCACGCUCGCACACGCAGCAUCGUUGCUACGGUGCUGCUGCAGAGCUGCCUGCUGCUCUGAGGACUGUAUGUCCACAAUUACAAGCAGGUGUGAGUGACAAGUGAGUCCCCUUGUCUCAUUUUGUGUCCCCUCUCUGAAUUUCAGAGGAUUUCGCUGGUCCUUUCCCCCCUCAGCAGCAGUUUGUGACUUUUGGGGUGGAUAAUUGAUCCGUCGAUCUAUUCAGAGCUGAUCAGAUCAAAUAAUUCAAGCUGCUGCAACUCAGCAGAAUGAAUUGAUAAGUUUCACUUUUAAUGUCCCUGACGUUCUGCUGUGCCAUCUGUACUCAGUGUACUCCCUGCGUUCCGAGAGCUUGGUGCGAUGAAUAAUUGAAUAGUAUAUAUAUAUAUUAUAUAUAUAUAUAUAUAUAUAUAUAUAUAUAUAUAUAUAUAUCUAUUUCGUGUUCGGGUUGGAUGCAUGGUGGCUUUUGGCGUAUGCUUGUACGCGGAAAGCACUGACAGAGUGCUGCUAUUUAGCAAGUUUGGAGUGAAAACGGGUUGGCGAUGCUCACACAGGCAGAGUAGCUAACCUCGUAACACGGGCGCCGUGUUACCGUAGGUGUUCUGCAACGCACACGCGGUGCUCAUGCAGGCAGUGUGGCCCGGGCAUAACGUUCUCAGCCAAUGUGGGGCGAUAAUGGCUCGUUUUGCUGUGAGAUCUGCCAAAGUCUCUUAAAUAUAAACCUGUGACUUAAGAGUGGGAUUCUUGAGUAAAAUGUUUUAAAAAAAAAACAUCCACUAUGGAGCAGAAUUCAUGUCAUUUCUGUUUCUGAGAUGAAUCCAUUUCCGUCAGCAGUUGUAUUUCCCUCUGUGGUGUGAACAGGUGUGAGCUGUUAAAUGUGCUCUCAUCCCUGUGAAAUCCACUUAAGUCCCGUCACCGCGGGCUCGUUG